AUGGAUAGAGAGUCGGUCUACACUUUGAGUGUCUUCCCCGAAGACCGUAGUCAAACGGGUGAAGACUCUCGCGGCGCUAUACAAGAUCAGUUUGUCAAGUUCAUCAUGGACUACCAAACACCAAAUGGCAGCGUCUGGGAAUACAGAGACCAGAUCAGUCACAAUUACAAAGCUAAGCAGUACUAUUGCGAAGUCGACAUAGCCCAUGUCGCCUCGUCCAGCGAAUCUCUCGCCCACCGUCUCAACAAUGAGCCUGCCGAAACCAUCCCGCUGUUUGAAGCCGCCAUCAAGCACUGCGCCCAACGCAUCCUCUAUCCCUCGCAGCCCGGCGUCAAUCUGCCCUCCCCUCAGCUCUUGCUCCACUCGUCUGUUACCCAGACCCUCAUUCGUGGCCUGACAGCCACACACGUCUCUCAUCUGGUCCGCAUCCCUGGAAUCGUCAUUGGAGCCAGUACCCUCUCCUCAAAAGCUACCGUCCUGCACAUUCAAUGCCGCAAUUGCCAGCACUCUCAGAAUAUCUCCGUCUUGGGCGGCUUCUCUGGCCUCACCCUGCCUCGCACAUGUGCUCGUUCGACUCAACCCGGCGAAGACUCGGCAAAAUGUCCUCUGGAUCCAUACUUUGUCGUCCACGAAAAGUGUCAGUUCAUCGAUCAACAGGUCAUCAAGCUGCAAGAGGCUCCCGAUGAUGUCCCUGUUGGUGAGCUGCCUCGCCACAUCCAUAUUUCAGCCGACCGCUACCUGACGAAUCGUGUCGUCCCUGGUUCGCGAUGCACUGUCAUGGGUGUUUUCAGCACAUACCAAUCAAAGUCCAAAGGCUCAGGAGCCGCUGUCGCCNNCCUUCGUACCCCCUAUCUUCGCGCAGUCGGAAUCCAGACCGACGUUGAUCACACAGCCAAAGGUGGCGCCCACUUCACCGCAGAGGAGGAGCAAGAAUUCCUCGAGAUGAGCAGGAGACCUGACCUAUACGAACGAUUUGCCGAGUGCAUUGCCCCAUCCAUUUAUGGAAACCUGGACAUCAAGAAGGCCAUCACCUGCUUGCUCAUGGGUGGUAGCAANAAGAUCCUACCUGAUGGCAUGAAGCUUCGUGGUGAUAUCAACGUCCUGCUUCUUGGUGACCCUGGUACCGCCAAAUCCCAACUUCUCAAAUUCGUCGANAAAGCAGCUCCCAUUGCCAUCUACACGUCAGGUAAAGGUUCCUCCGCAGCUGGUUUGACGGCCUCGGUACAGCGUGACCAGAACUCGCGUGAGUUCUAUCUCGAAGGUGGUGCCAUGGUGUUGGCAGAUGGUGGUGUUGUCUGUAUCGAUGAGUUCGACAAGAUGCGUGAUGAGGAUCGUGUUGCCAUCCACGAAGCCAUGGAACAACAGACCAUUUCGAUAGCCAAGGCUGGUAUCACGACCAUUCUCAACGCUCGUACCUCCGUCCUCGCAGCUGCCAACCCUAUUUUCGGACGCUACGAUGAUCUCAAAUCUCCUGGUGAGAACAUUGACUUCCAGACCACCAUUCUCAGCAGAUUCGAUCUCAUCUUCAUCGUCAAGGAUGAGCACGACCGUGGACGUGAUGAGCGCAUUGCAAAGCACGUCAUGGGAAUUCACAUGGGUGGCAGUGCCAACCAAGACCAACAACAAGCCGCUCCAACCAUUCCGGUCGAGAAGAUGAAGCGCUACAUCAGCUACUGCAAGACCCGUUGCGCGCCGCGUCUAUCGGCCGAAGCCGCCGAGAAAUUGUCCUCGCACUUUGUCAGUAUCAGAAGGCAAGUCGCCCAAGCCGAAGCUUCCGCCAACCAGCGUUCGAGUAUCCCUAUUACUGUCAGACAACUGGAAUCGCUCGUUCGUAUCACCGAGGCAUUGGCCAAGAUUUCUCUGUCCCCAAUCGCCACAGAACACCAUGUCGACGAAGCAAUUCGUCUGUUCCUGGGCAGUACCAUGGAAGCAGUCCUCUCCCAAAACGGCGAGUCCAACGCUGCCAAUGCUGCUGGCAUCGCCGGCAACCGCGAACUCGUUGACGAAAUCUCAAAGGUCGAAGACGAGUUGCGAAGGCGUUUGCCCAUUGGCUACACAGCAAGCUUAGCCACCCUGAGACGAGAAUUCGUGGACAGGAAGAAUUUCUCAGAACAAGCUCUCAACAGAGCUAUCUGGGCCUUGCAGAAGAGAGACAGUAUACAGCUUCGCAAGGGCGGUGGUCAAGUGUACAGAAGCGGUGUUUAA